AUGGACGAAAUUGAAAUCCUCAAAAAAAACCUGAACACGGAAAAGGUUUUCUACGACUUGAAUUGGCACGAACUGGUUUUGGACGACUCGUUCGACCCGUCUGUUUAUGAAAACUUCCAGCCUUUUAAAAUUGGUGAACAUGGGAAGUUACCAUGUGACGCACAGGAUGGUGGAAACAGCGGACAUGCUGAUAGCCACCUAGCAGUGGAGUACACUCACCAGGUGGAGAGAAAUAACAUCUGUAGGGAUGACGCGGGAGGUGCCCCACUACAGCAGCGAAGCAUGCACAAGAAUAAGAAAACGCACAAAGGGGGUACGCCAGACAGGUCUGCCGACUCAGGGGACAGCCCGGGAGGCACCCGACGCAGACGGGACAAAAGGGGCACCUCCAACGAUCAGAAGCAUCACCCGAUUGAAGCGGAGCCCAUUCCAAGCACCCCCAUCCAGAUGUGCACACCGGAUAUUCCACGCCAAAAGAAGAGGCAGGGAGAAAUAAAAAAAUGUGACUUCAUAGAGGAAAUAAAAUCCCCCCAGUCAUCCAGCCCAGCGAAUUUUGUCCCCCCUGUGAACAUCCUGUACGAUGACGAGAAGGUUGUGUUUUAUUUUUUCAUUUCAGGAGAAUUACAAAACUUUAACAUUUCCUCAAGCAAUAAUUAUGUUACUAUAUCUGGCAGGAAAAUCCCAUACGAUGCUCACAGGUUUGCCAAUUAUUACUCCCACGAAAUCAGGGGGGGCUACUUUGUGCGGAGCUACUUUUUCAUGAAGCCGAUUCAGCAGGAGAGGAUUCGUUACGAGCACAGAGACGGGGUGGUCAAGGUGUUUGUCUUCCUUUCCGCGGGAGCGCAAAAGUGA